UAUCAAAUCGUCCCUGGAAUCUCUUAAACUUGUCUAGUGACCUUGUUCUUCAAUUGGUGGUCGAAGGAGGGAGGUGAAUGGUCUUUUGAAACCCAUUCUACACUGAACGCCCAUUUCCGAAGCAAAAAGGAUAGAACAAAUUGGUGCCUGUCCAAAACUUAUGGGAGUGUUUUUCCUUUUGCUGAGACAUGCAGCGAACUGAGGGGGCAUAUAUAAAGAUUUCAUGCCACAUGUGGGAAUGAUGAGGAUCGCCUGCUCAAGAAUUCUUCUGCAUUCAAGUAAAGGGUGGCCCCCGUCAAAGAGAUUUCUAGAUGGCCCAUUGCUCUUUCAUUUUUGAGUGCACUCUCUGAAUGCUCGGAACGCACGCCAACCUCUCGUUAAUUGAGUCCAGAGAACGUGACUCGCUCUACGUUCCUCUAUGGAAUGUUUCGGUGAGCAAUUGAGAUUCAAACUCUAUGCCAUCCAUCUUCAAAGAGGAAUACUUGAAGAUCACUGUUGGCUUCCGAACGAUCUGUGGUGGAAUCGCCUGGCAUCUUAAGCCCUUUCAGUACACACAUGUCGCAAAGUUUCAAAGGUAGGAAUUCAUGCCCUAUAUGGACAGGUGUGUAUGUAGUGCUCCUUUAAGAAGGUCCUCGUCCUUGUCAACUAUCCUGAGCUCAGUUGCCAAAGCGAGUCACGCACCUUUUGGGGUCGAUGUGACUUCAAUCGAAAGAUAACCUGCCCACCAAUAUCUCCGCUCCGAUCAUUCGGUUGCAUGUUGAAUAUAGGAAGAAAAUACUCUCUCUUCAAAUCAGAACAACCAUCAUGCCUUCGUCAAGACGAUUGUGGUUUUGGAGCCUUUGUGUUUUCCUCGGUCUCGUUCAUGGAUACAUUCAAGUGGUGAUUUGUGCCCAAGCGGGCUCUGAGGAUGGCGAAAAUUCGUUGUCAGCCUCAGGCAACAAUUUCGUGGACAACGAUUAUUAUGAUGAUAAUCAUAACCAUACUCAAGUGGUGGCUGAAACCAACGAAGUAGAAGAGAAGGAGGAAGAAGAAAGUGAAGAUCAUAAGUCAAACCAAACAAUCUAUUAUGAAGCUCCAUCUGUGUUCAUAAAUGGCCAAGUCAUCCCGGGGAGUGAAGUGUCGUCAACCCCCGCAACUCCUACAACCCCCAUCCUCCGCACGUCUCCAACUGAGAGAGACAAUACGUUCAUUGUGUCAGAAGAAAACACUUUCACGUGGUCAACCAGCCUCACUGACGCCUGGUGGAAGCUCCUCUUAUGGGGGUUGGUAUUAUUCAUUCUUCUCCUAGUAUGCUGCUACUUCACCCGAUGUUGCUAUCUGAUCUGGGAUUGUUGUACCGAUCCCUUUUGGGGCUAUUGCCCCCGUUGUGUCUGCUGUGAGAAGUUUCUUAAAGGAGGUUCUUCUGAGCAUGAUGAAGAGAGCCAAGGCAAGGCAUCGGAUGAUCAGGACUUUAUGGGAGGCGAGGCACUUCCUCAAUUGUACGAGACACAAUACUUUAACUGGCUCCACUUAUUCGGGCUGAAAACGGGUGGGCGUUGUGGCAAGUAUUCGUUGGCCGUGAGUGAGAAACACUAUUUCGAGCUCAAUGAUGACGAGACCCCUAUGAAGCAUCAUCCUGAAGAUUUCAAUAACGACUCGUUAUUGGGCCAAAGCGAGGAGCCUGACGAUCUAAGUUCAAGCAUCAAUUUUCAACACAUGAGCCCCAGGAAAACGAGCAAGAAUGGAUUGAAUAUCGAGCAUGGGCACAUGGGGAAAUAUCAGGCCUUGCCCAACACCGAGUUUGAAAUGGUGCCCAUCAUUCGUUCUCAAACCAACCACCAAAGACGGUUGUCCAAUGGAUGCAAACGCAAAAGUCGAUCCAUGGAGUCGUUUGGAGUCACGUCUCAGAGAGGAGUUGUGCCGCCUUUGCCCGCCCAUGAGACCUCGAGCAACUCUCGAAGCCAGGUGGAUGUGCAUCACAAUGGUUCGGCCAUGUCCACGUCCACGGCCGAUAAAUAUAGCCAGACAGACUUGACGUUGGACCAUGAGGUGCCCAGUCAGAAUAACAAUAACAAUAUGACCAUACGGUCCACGGGCAGCGGGAGAAGUCGGACUCAGCCCACUCAAUGUCCUGUGCCAAAAGUGCCGCAGAGACACAGACACACUAGUAGCCAAAUGGAGCGGGAAAUUCUCUAUGGACGAGAGACUCCAAUUCUCACUUGAAGAUGCAAAAGCUGAAGAAAUUGAAUGUCACAAAAAAUCCAAAGUGGCCUUGAAUUUGGCCUUGAUAUUAAGCCUAAUAAAUGUUUAACCAGUCCUCUUCCCAUCACUUGAUUACAAAAUUGAUGACAUUUAGCCUAUCUGGUCGGGAAGGCUUCCAUCAGUUUUGACGCUUGUUGGGAAGGCUCAUCUCUUCAGUCAUCACAAAUCAACAGAGUUAAUUUCUUCAGGAGAGACAACUUUGUCUUUUAACGUAAACAAAGCGUCUUUUUGCGGUGAAUAAGUGUCACGAUUCAUUUUGUAUGAAAUACACGUAAAAAAGUGUUCCUGUGGUUGGUAAAGGCAUAUCAUACCGCUUGUCCAAAGAAUUAAGGGUGCCAUAUGUCAAACAAGAAGAUUGUCGAAGAAUGAAAUAAAUGGAUAGAGCAGAAUUGGA